CCUGCCUCGCCACUCCCUGGUCCUUCUCCCUACACUGGUCCGACAGGAGGUCUUACGGAGCGUCGUGAGCCUGCGUCUCGUCCUGUGUCGCCUGAGUCUCGUCCUGCGUCGCCUGUUCGUGCUGCUCGCACUGGUCGUCGUGUCCCACGUCAGCGUCCUCCUGCUGUCCCGGGCACUCACCAGAUGACGCUUCGUCCUUCCACUGCUCCACAACGUGUCCCUCUGCCUUCUCCUCCUGCGUCCUCCCUUCCUGCCCUUGCUGACCCGGAGUCUGACUCUCUUCGUGCUGCUAGUCCUACUGUCACGCGUCUCCCGGCCACGGCUUUCACUAACCCUUCCUUUGAGUCUGCUGCUGCGUUUGCCUUAGUUGCUGAGCUUGUCGACUUUGCUGCUCACUGGCAUCUAGACUAG